UCUCAAGAGUGUGAAUUCAGAACUAGACCAACAUGGCCUUUGUCUGAAACUUGAGGAGGGUAAAAUGCUCAGGAAACUCUAGUCUUUCGCACUCAGCGGUCCCCCGACGUUAAUUUCACUCUACCCGCUAGGUAUCGAAACAAGUGGAUUUUUAAACCGACCAUUUCAGAAUGUCCACCGUUGAAAGUCCACCACUUCGAAGCGAAUCUCGUCAAGAGUCUCUGGAAGAUGUUAGGCAGCUGCUAUGCCACCAGAAGUUAUGGGCAUUCUUCAAUCCAUAUUAUCAAAUGGUGCUCGCGGUAUACUGGACUUUCUUUGUUAUGGGAGCUAGUGGUGCCGCAUAUGGGGUAAGUGACUGCUCGUGAGGAAAGCCAAUCCCCCAGGGUUCCGUUUCUAUAAUGUCUUGGUAUGUAUUUUCGUUGGUCUCAGAAGAUGAUGAGUGGUUCACACUGAAUUAGGCUGCUUGUGCUUU